AAUCACUUUAAACGGCCAUGAUUCAUUUCUCGUCGCUCAAUUAACGGCCCCACUCCACUAACCUAUAUGCGCGUCCACGACGGUAAUUCAGUCUGCAGUCGGCGAUUGCGACGAGCACACGCACCCGCCCCAUUUGACGGGUAAAAUCCGCAAUUCUGUCGUUUAUAUUCUUCCCCCCUCUCUCUCUCUCUCUCUCUCUCUCUCUCUCUCUCCGUAGAAAAAAAAAAAAGAAAACACAUACGAUAACCUUUGAGUUUUUAGUGGCGCGUCUUUCACUUUCCCUAUGGGACAGUCACCUUCCACCGCUAACUCUUCCACCACCAUCAAUCGCCUUCUACCACUACCUCCACCACCACCUAUUAUUUCCGCCGAAAAAAUAACCUGCGAUGUUGAUUACACCGACAAUAUUCCCGAUGAGUGUUUGGCUUACAUUUUCCAAUUCCUCUCUGCCAGCGACCGGAAACACUGCUCCUACGUGUGCCGGCGGUGGUAUCUGGUCGACGGCUGUAGCCGUCAUCGUCUUUCUCUGAAAGCACAAACGGAAAUCAUCACCUAUAUUCCUUUACUUUUCACUCGGUUUGACUCGGUAACUAAGCUCGCUCUCCGUUGUGAUCGCAAGUCAAUUAGCUUAAACGACGACGCAUUUGUUAUGAUCUCGAUUCGUUGCCAAAAUCUGGAACGGCUUAAGCUCCGAGGUUGCCGUGAAAUCACGGAUAACGGAAUGGCGGCGUUUGCUAAAAACUGUAAGAAACUGAAAAAGCUGUCAUGUGGAUCGUGUGCUUUUGGAGUUAAAGGGAUUAAUGAAAUGCUUAAUCACUGUACGGCUGUUGAGGAGCUGUCUAUCAAACGGCUUCGAGGCGUACACGAUGAGAAUAUCGGAGCUGGAAAAACGGUGUCGUCUUUGUCUUUGAAGAAAAUCUGCUUGAAGGAGCUAGUGAGCGGUCAAGCCUUUGAACAGUUAGUUAUUGGAUGUAAAAAGCUAAAGACUUUGAAAAUAAUAAGGUGUUUGGGGGAUUGGGAUAAGGUGUUUGAUAUGAUUGGAAAGAGAAAUGAAUGUUUGACUGAGGUUCACUUAGAGAGGAUUCAAGUGAGUGAUAUUGGACUUGAAGCGAUUUCGAAAUGGGUGAAUAUGGAAAUUCUGCAUAUUGCGAAAACACCUGAGUGUUCGAAUUUAGGGCUUGUUAGUAUAGCAGAGAAUUGUAGGAAAUUGAGGAAGCUUCAUAUUGAUGGAUGGAGGAGUAAUAGGAUUGGAGAUGAGGGUUUAAUUGCUGUAGCCAAACAAUGUAUUAAUUUACAAGAAUUAGUUUUGAUUGGUGUUAAUGCUACGCAUUUGAGCUUGGCGGUUAUUGCUGCUAAUUGUCGAAAACUUGAAAGGUUAGCACUUUGUGGAAGUUCAACUAUUAGUGAUCAUGAGAUUGCUUGCAUUGCAGCCAAAUGUCUAUCGUUGAAGAAGUUGUGUAUAAAAGGAUGUGCUAUUUCGGAUAUUGCAAUAGAAGCACUUGCUUGGGGAUGUCCUAAUUUGGUUAAGAUUAAAGUCAAGAAAUGUAGAGGAGUGAGUAGUGAAGUUGUAGAUUGGCUGCAGGAACGAAACGCUUCACUUGUUGUUAAUUUUGAUGCCGUUGAUAGUGAAGGUGUUAAUGCUACCAGUCUUAGUGAUGGUGGAAAUCAAGACAGUGGUUCUGAGUUUCCGGCAAUCAGCGGUCAAAUGGUUCUUGCGGAUGGUCCAUCAUCAACUAGUAGUAGCAGCAGCAGUGGGCGAUUGGCAUUAUUUAGGGCGAAGCUUGGGGUUUUUGCAACCAGGAACCACCUAGUGACUUGUGCUUUUAGCUGGUGGUCAAGCAAUGAAGAUAGUGGUUCAAAUAACAACCUCUGAAGUCUGAAUGAUCUUUGUAAGAUUAUUUUGUUCUUUUUUCUUUUACGGGGAUCAUGCUGUUCCCUGUUUCCGCUUAUUUUCUUUCUUUAGUAUUCAUUGGUUUUUGUUGCAAUUAUAUGAAAUUAACAAGAAAGAUUUUGACUUUUCAUUGCUCAA